AUGGCGUUUCGUUCUGAUGAACCCAUUGUGGCGGACUUGGAGAGGAAGUACAAGUGCGAGUGGUGCGGGAAGGGCUUUAGACUCUCCGUCCAUCUGAAGGAUCAUGUAAGGACCCACACAGGGGAGAAGCCCUAUCAAUGCCCUAUUUGUCAGAAGGAUUUCACUCAACGGUCUAAUCUAAGGACUCACCUCAACAAGAUUCACAAAGAACAGCUGGCAUAUGUAAAGAACAGAAAAGGCAGAGUGCCUAAGUAUCCUGUGAAACACGAAUUCUUACCCAGUUUAGUAUCUCCCAGUGGUGGCAGCAGUCUUCCCCAUGCCUCUGUUGCAGAAAUGAAAAAACUAGUAUUUGCUCCUGGUGAUCCAAAACCCAUCCUCCCCAAGCCUCUUGGUACUGAGCCUUCUGUAAUGCCUUUCCUCUCCAAAGAAACUGUUAGUUUUUUACAAAGGGAUGAUUUAACUGUUCUUUAUAAGGACAAAGCAGCAAGUUUAGAACCUGAGCGAGUAACAUUACCCCAGUUGAUAUUGCAACACCCACAUCAUGAUGAUAAUUUUUUUUCUGGAGAGUCUCAAAUGUUUUCUGUUGAUUCAAAUGCUAUUGAUUUAGAUGUCAGUGCAUCAGUAAGGAAAGAGCCUGUUGCACAACCAUUGCUAACUAAAGACACUGCACUUAAAUCUCCUCAAAAAGAGACACUUUUGAAAGCAUUACUACUAAAGGGCUCCUCAAUGGGGCCAGCUUCACAAAGUGAUGUUAUGGGAGCUAUGAGACAGGUGAUCCCAUCUUUAGCUUCUCCUCUUACACAGUCAUCAUUAGCUGCCAGUCAAGUGCCCUAUUCUAUCCCCACUUCAGUUGCAGUGUCUCUAGCCUCUCCUGUUUGUAGUCCUCCAGAAGAAAUGCUUCAACCUAUAAUUGUUAUGGAUUCUCCAAAGAGCUUAUCAGUUUUGCGGUGUCCACGUGAUGUAGCUGUUUCUCGUGCCGAUCUUCUCUCUCCUGGGAGCAAAGGUGAAUCAUUUGUUGUUAUAGAAGCUUCUGGAGUAGCACCUCAGGAGAAUGUUUCAGUGACAACAACUGAUUCUCAGGAUCAACCACAGAUAACUGAUGAAAUGAAAAUUUUACUGCAAGCAGUUCAGAUCAGAGUUUCUCAGGAUCAAGGACAAACAAACACACAGAGCAGUCCAUCUGUUACAGUGAGAUCAAGCAACCCUGCCUCAAUGAUCACAACUCCAUCUGGUCCAGUUGUGAGUCAUACCCUUGCUGUACCAACUCCGUCUGGCCCUCCGUUAGCAUCAGAUACUGCUCUUCGACAGCGUAUUUCUAGAAUGUUGCAUGAUAAAGAUCCAACUAAGAGGAAAAUGCCGGGUCAGUCAUCAGUAAAAAUGGACCAUUGUUUAGAUCAGCAGUCCAAGCAAGGUCUCAUUAAGGAGCAAGAGUCAACUUCGGCACAGAAUAAAACAAUAUUAGAUAAAGGAAGAGCUCUGCCACUCCUACGGCAUUUACCUGCAUCACAUGUACCCACUUCUCAUCCUUCUAUUCUUUCUACACAGCCACAUUCUUCUUCACCUCCAGCCCAUCCUCCGCUUUCCCCUACCCCAAUAUCGCCAACUCUUGCUCAUCCCAUGCCCACUUCGUCCAUUAUUCCUCCUGUCCCCAUUUCUACUCCAUCUCCAGUAGACAGACGGCGCCCUAGUUUUCACAUACCUCUACCCUCGAACAGAUCAAGCUAUAAACACAGUGACAGACCUGGUGACAAAGUAAACCUUGCCUCAAAGGGAAGUCUAAGAGAAAAUGAAUCAGUGCCUGACCUUAAGUAAGUAGUCAGGAAAAUAUGGUGAUAGUUUGAUAAUUAAUUUACUCUUGUGCAAAUUCAAGUGAUACAUUUGAAGUCCUAUUAAUGUCUUAUAAGGCAAUGCAGAUCAUUUUGGUUCUUGUGCCUUUCUUUAUCUCACUUUGUUAUAUAAUGUAACAAAAACACUAGCGUUAUAAUUUGUUCGGUAAUCUGCUUCUUUUGGCUCUGAGUGCAUGUGUGUAAAGGGUAUGCACUGGUGGAGUGUGAACUUGAGCAUGCAUAUGUAUGGGGGGGGGUUGUGUGUGU